CUUAAAUCUCCUGUAAUUAACGGUUCAUCGGCAUGCCUCUGGCCUUUUUCGGGAGCUCUUCGAACCCAGGAGCUAGAACACAGAAGCUGAUCUGCUAAGACCGCCCGGAGAGGCGUGGCUUCGGGACCGGAAGAAGCUCCCGUUGCCAAGGGAACGCCGCCUGCCCCGGCGCCUGCUCAGCGACUGAUGCUCCGGCUGCUGCAGACGCUGCCAGUUCUCCCAGCUUGUGGAGGCGUCUGUGCUCAGUGCCAGGGAGCGUUCCCGUGGAGGCACAGAGAAGAAGGCUGAGGGACUUCCGCACCAGAUUUCCAUCCCAGAGACCAAAACGAGUGAGUGCGUCCGUUCCUGUUUCUCACCAGUUCCUGGGCUCGCGGGACUAACCUCAAAAGCCAGCUGGUUUGUAAAUAUUUGAAUGACAUUAUGGGAUUGCUAGACAAACUUUCAGGCUUGCUCGGCCUAAAGAAGAAGGAGGUUCAUGUUUUGUGCCUUGGGCUGGAUAAUAGUGGCAAAACAACAAUCAUUAACAAACUUAAGCCUUCAAAUGCUCAAUCUCAAGAUAUAGUUCCAACAAUAGGAUUCAGCAUAGAGAAAUUCAAAUCAUCCAGUUUAUCUUUUACAGUGUUUGACAUGUCAGGUCAAGGAAGAUACAGAAAUCUCUGGGAACAUUAUUAUAAAGAAGGACAAGCCAUUAUUUUUGUCAUUGAUAGUAGUGAUAGAUUGAGAAUGGUUGUGGCCAAAGAAGAACUUGAUACUCUUCUGAAUCAUCCAGAUAUUAAACAUCGUCGAAUUCCAAUCCUAUUCUUUGCAAACAAAAUGGAUCUUAGAGAUGCAGUGACAUCUGUAAAAGUGUCUCAAUUGCUGUGUUUAGAGAACAUCAAAGAUAAACCAUGGCACAUUUGUGCUAGUGAUGCCAUAAAAGGAGAAGGAUUGCAAGAAGGUGUAGACUGGCUUCAAGAUCAGAUCCAGGCUGUGAAGACAUGAAAAGAUAACAUUUGGAAACCCCAGCAAUUUUCAAUUCAAGGAAUGUAUCUAAGGCAAAUUGAAUACUUUACAUUUUUUGAAAGAUAUCUAUAUAUCUAAGAAUACUUUGUAAUCUUCAGCUUGCAUUUUUGGACUCUGACCUUUUUAAGAACCUAGGACUUCAGGUAUGCUAAUCUGGCAUUAUUUGAAAACUAAGUCCUCCCACAAAAGGCCUCUCUAGAAUUAUAAGUAAAGCUCUGCAUCUGAUUAGAAUGUUUAAAAGUCAGAGUUUUAAGCCAUCUCAGUAUCCCAUCGUGAUUUAUGAUAUCUUUAAUGUGUUUUAUUUUUUAAAUUGUCUUUUUUAAAGUUUAGUUUAUGGUAUGACUUUGCAGUAUGUAUUGUGCUUGUGAAAAAGAACUUUGAAUAUUUAUAAGGGACCAUGGGUAAUUAAUAUAUAUUAAAUUUUUACUAUGUGUCACCAUCAAUAAAACAUAAAAU